AUGAGCUGGAUAGUUUACAGGGGGUUCCAGCCCGGGCAGUUUGACUUUGGCUGGCCCGUGUGGACACUCAUUGCGCUCUGGCUGUGUGUGCCGGUUUUGUUCUAUUUUUUUUUGGCGCACGCGACGUAUCUCUGGCGAGUGCGCAAGAGACGCCGGGCUGGGCCCUCAGGAAACGACGUUGCCGUGAUUGUCCUCGGCGACCUCGGCCACUCGCCCCGCAUGGCGUACCAUGUGCGCAGCCUGGUGAAAAAUGGACGAUUUGUCCAUCUGUGCGGCUACCUGGAGAGCACACUGCCGGACUUCCUCUACGACGACGAUACUGUCGACCUUUACGAGAUCCCUGUGAUUCGGCGCCGCACAUGGAUGCCGUAUCUGUUGUUUGCAGCGUUCAAGGUUGUGGCCCAGUGGUGGGAGCUCGCAAGACUGCUUUCGACGGUCAUCGACGAAAACACAGAGUACGUGCUCGUGCAAAAUCCUCCGUCGAUCCCCGUGCUGGCUGUCGCUGUGUUUUUGCGAAAAACAAUCUGUCCGCAUGUCAAGAUAGUCGUCGACUGGCACAACCUCAACUUCUCGGUCCUCAACCUCAAGUACCGCAACGAGAAACACCUCGCUGUGCAGCUUCUCCGGAACUAUGAAAAAUAUAUGGGGAGACUGGCCGACUACCAUUUUACAGUCACUGGGAAGCUGAGGGAAUACUUGCAGGAAGAGUUUGGGAUCGACGGCACGAGGAUCAGCGUCGUGCACGACCGUCCAAGCGACGAGUUUGUGCCGCUGAAGGGCAACAGGAUGGAGACUGUCAGAGAGCUAGCUGUGCUGGACGGAUUCCAGGACGCUGACAAAUUGAUUGUGUCAGCAACGUCGUUCACCGAGGACGAAGACUUCGGCCUCUUAGUGGAGGCGCUGAAGCAACUGGACACAAAGCUGGACAGCAGGGUGUACGUGGUGGUUACAGGAAAGGGCCCGCUUCAGAAGAGGUUUUUGGAGCUGGUGGCCCAGAAUAAAUGGAGUGCAAAUUUAAUUAUCCGGAAUGCUUGGCUGUCGGCGUCGGACUAUCCAAAGCUUCUUCAGGUCGCCGACGCAGGGGUCUCCCUGCACUACUCGUCAUCGGGGUUGGAUCUUCCAAUGAAGAUCGUCGACCUCUUCGGCUGCGGCGUGCCGGUAGUGUCGAUGUGCUUCCCUGCUCUGCGCGAACUGGUGUCCGAGGCCAACGGGCUAGUGAUGAAAAAUAACUCAGAUGCCGCGGAACUCUGCGACAAGCUAUACCAGCUGCUCUACGAGGUGGACCUCAGACCGGGAGCUUUGCGCGAGAGCACGCGGAGAUGGGAUCAGGAGUGGCGAAACACAAAAAUAUUCUGA